AUGAGCAACGGGAUGCUGUUUAGCCUCGGUGUCUUUUAUGUCGUCUGCUUGAGUCAAUUGUCAAGAGCUUCUGUUGCACAAUUCUGCAUAUUAAUUGUUGCUACAAGUGCACACCACACGUUGGACGGUUUGGAUCAGAAAAUUGACGCGGUUAAGGUGGAAUUGUCCGCUAAAAUCGAAGACCUUCGAACGGAAGUCGACGAGAUGAAAGUUCAACCCCGAACGAUUCAAGAUCAACGACUUCCUGAGCGAUCACCAGUCUUACAAGCACGUCAAGAUGUUCCAGCCCUGUCACCCCUACGUACGAUGGAGGAUGCUGUCCGUCAUCGCAGAAGAUUGGUCGCCGCCGAUGCAUCUCCACGAGACCCGCGGCGAGGUGCGAUGGCCACGAUGACGUCCCGUUGCGACCCUACGAAUCACGACGAAGAUGAACACUCCAAACGUUCUCACCCCCACAAUCAAGCCUUGUAUGAAGAGUACGAAGAUUCUCCGGUACUUCUUUUCAUAUUGGAGGAGCUGCUAGCCGAAGAGGUACGAAACGAAAUCGGCAAAUGUCUCGCCGAUGGAACGAUGUACUCCGUGGUGUGGGAACGUUUAGACGCGGUGUACGGUCGCACGGAAAUUAUGGAUCAGACGUACCUCGACGACCUUCUACACGUCCCGCCAUUGAAGAGCUUAGAUGCUGCCAGCCUCAAUACUUUCGCAAACCGUCUUUAUGGUGCAGUAGCCACGCGCUCCAAGUCGAAGUAUGCCCAUGAGCUGCACAGCCGUACAACGUUGAUGGCCCUUGAAGCAAAACUUACGCCCUACCUCAAGGAUAAGUGGAACGAAAAAAGAAAAAUGACAGGAGUAGAACUGAAUGUUCUAGACCUAGACGACUGGGUGACGCUAAAAGCCAUGAGCAAGCAACAUGGAAAAAAUGUAUUCCAGUCCUUACCCACGUCGACGUCCAAAGGUCCACCGCAAGACGGACGCCCGUUCAUCGCUCAUCUGGCCAUCGAGGAACGUUCCGAAGACCUAAACGAGCUGGUGAAGAAGUUUUGGCAACUUGAGGCCAACGAAGUAGAGAUAGAACCACCCGUUCUAUCUGAGGAAGACUUACGUGGAAAACGCAUCCUAGAGUCUUCAGUAAAACGUAUCGGUAACCAGUACCAAGUCGGCUUAAUGUGGAAAGCCGACGAAGUAGAUCUCCCAAACAAUCGGGCAGCUGCAUUGAAGAGGCUCUACGCUCUCGAACGACGUUUUCAUCGGGACGAAGAGUUUGCUCAUAAGUACGAUGCAGUAGUCAAGGAGUACAUCGGGUUAAAACACGCCCGGCUCCUAACGACCCAAGAAGCCCAGACGGAGACAACAAAGACGUGCCUGCUUGGUGUGCUCACCCGUUUCCGCCGUAACCUUGUACCAGUCGGAGCGGACAUUGAGAAAAUAUUCCACCAAGUCCCGGAAGCAGACCAGGCAGCCUUCCGAUUUCUCUACCGGACGCCUGGCAGUAAUUCAGCUCCGUUAACGUACCAGAUGACGGUACACGUAUUUGGAGCUAUAUCAUCCCCGACGAGCUGCAUCUUCGCCCUUAACAGGACGGCCGACGACUACCGCAGCCAGUUUGCAGACGUAGCCGAUAGCGUUCGACGUAAUUUCUACGUCGACAAUUAUCUAGACUCCUUCGAGUCCGAAGACGAGGUCAUCAAACGGUCCCGCGAAAUGAAGUCCCUUCUCCAGUUAGGGGGCUUCAAUUUGACCAAAUGGACGUGGUCAUCGAGAACGGUGAUAGCGGCGUUACGAGAGUUUGGCCUCGCGUCACCAACUCUAAAUCUGGACUUGGAGAAACUUCCCGUCGAAAGAACGCUGGGAGUAAUGUGGGACAGCGAACGAGAUAUGCUGUCGUUCAAGAUUCGGAAGCCGCCAAGCAACGUGACACUCACGAAGCGAGCCUUCCUAAGCAUCAUCUCUAGCGUUUACGACCCGUUGGGGCUAGUUGCACCAGUUAUCUUCGUGAUGAAGUCUUUACUCCAAGACAUCUGGACUAAUGAAGAACGGAUCGGUUGGGAUGACGUCGUACCGGAAACAUUGAGUCAACGUUUCUAUGGCUGGUACGAUCAUCUGGAAAAUUUGGAGUCGCUCUCAGUACCGAGAUGCUUCCGUCUCAAACGAGGACGAUGGACUCAACAGUGCCUCCACGUCUUCACGGAUGCAAGCUCCAAAGGAUUCGGAGCAGUAGCCUACUUCCGCACUGUAUUUGAAGACCAUUCCGUCAACGUGUCAUUCGUCAUGUCGAAAACGCACGUUACACCGGUAAAAGGUCUCACGAUUCCCCGUUUGGAGUUACAGGCGGCAGUAGAAGGCCUCAACCUUGCUCUCACGAUUUGUCGUGAACUAGAAAUUGAUUUGAGGGGUAUCGACCCAAGAGACGUCGACGAAUUGGCCUAUUUCCACCAAGGACCUGCGUUCCUGAACCUAGACUCUUCAGAGUGGUACACUUGGGAAGAGAUUACGGAGCCUGAGGAACGAGACGUAAACGUGAUUCGCGUCUUGGCAGUCAAAACGGAAGAUGAGAACCAUGUCAUCGACCGAUGCGUCACACGUUUUUCCAGCUUGGUGAAACUUCAACGAGUACUGGCCUGGAGUAAAAGAUUUGCCGACAACGCUAGAGCAAAAAUUCGUGAUGAAAAACCCAUGGUCGGAGAGCUGACAGUAGAAGAAAUGGUAACAUCGCUGACAAAAUGCAUCGUACGAGCGCAAGAAUUGGCCUUUGCUGAGGAAGUCCAUGCCCUUCGCAAGAAUCUGGAAUUACCACUCAGAUCAAAACUUCGCACCUUCCAGCCCUUCUUGGAUGAAGCUGGACAGAUGCGAAUUGGCGGACGUAUACUUCGCGCGCCGAUCGACUAUGCAGCCAAGCACCCCAUACUUCUACCAGCAUCUCAACUUUUAACGAAAAGGAUAAUCUGGGAUCACCACGUUAGACACAUGCACGUCAAGACCGAAAGAUUACUGACAGACGUACGUUCAAGCUUUUGGAUACUCUCCGGACGCAAAGUGGUAAAAUCUGUCAUCAACAACUGCUGGCCUUGCAAGCGGACGUCGGCGAAACCUAACCCUCCGUUGAUGGCUUCACUACCAAUACAUCGUUUAACACCCCAUCUGCCUCCGUUCACGUACACAGGGAUCGACUACUUUGGUCCUUUAACGGUUAGAGUUGGUGGAAGAGGACGAAGGCAUGAAAAACGUUGGGUCAGCCUAUUCACGUGUUUCACCACCCGAGCAGUUCACCUGGAAGUGGCCAACGGGCUCAGUAUGGAGGAGUUCUUAUUUUGCUUCUCCCGUUUUGUUAGCCUACGUGGAAAAACGAAGGUCGUUUACAGCGACAAUGGAACUAACUUUGUUGCCGCCGAGCAGGAGUUACGGCAAGCGUUGGAAGAACUCAUCAGUAAACACGAAGAGCUCCAGACGUUAAUGGCUUGCCAACAAAUUGAGUGGCACUUUUCUCCUCCCCAUGGACCUCACUUUGGUGGCGUUUGGGAAAGAAUCGUACAGUCUUGCAAACGGGCAAUGAAAACAAGCAUUGGUAAUUGCGUAGUUACGGACCAAGUGCUACGAACCGUAAUCGCUGAAGUGGCAGCCUUGUUAAACGCCCGGCCGUUAACUCAUCUGAGUAUGGAUCCAGAAGACCCGGAUCCAUUAACGCCCAAUCACUUCCUACACGGUGGAGCUCGUCCAUACGUGCCCCUGCAAUUGGCCGACGUGGAAGACCUGAAAGUAACCAACAAGCAGUUCCAGCAAAGUCAAGCCAUCCUUCAGCACUUUUGGAACAGAUGGCUACGUGAAUACGUUCCCCACUUAACUGAGAGAAGAAAGUGGCAAGAAAAUAGGCCUAACGUCACCGUAGGGGAUCUAGUACUUGUAAUCGAACCCAAUACUUUGCGUGGGCAGUGGCCGUUGGGUAAAGUGUUGGAACUUAUUCCCAGUGCAACGGAUAAUGUUGUUCGAGUGGUAAAAUUACAACUUACCAAUCAUCCAAAACCAUGUAUUCGGCCGGUGGCCAAAUUAUGUAUCAUGGUCCCAGCCAACGAACAAGAAGUUUACGCAAAAGAAAAAAAAAUGGAACUUUCAACAGCGUAA